AAGAGGAACCAAGCUACCAAAAGUAGAAGUACAAAAUGUUUCAAUCCGGGAAUCCUAUUUCAGUUACUACCAUUGCCGCAUUAUUUACAUCAUAGCAUCAUUUUUGUUGGUUUUAAUCCUCACACAGCCUCUCAAGCUUCUCGUCUUCUUGUUUUCCUUGCCAUUUAGGCAUUUCCCUCUGUUGCAACCUCACUCACUGAAACUAGUCUAUUGCCUCGUCUUCCCAUUUUCUUGAUACUUCAGCUAUAUAUUCUUCUACAUUUCCCUAUAUGCCACUGUAACCCUCGUCUCCUUACCCCUCUUAUGCUACAUAUAUAUAUAUAUAUAUUCUGUUUAUCCUCGCUUUAACGUUCCCAUUCUUUUUCACCGCAGUCAGCUACCUUUUUUUUUUUUGGCUCUGGCUUUAGACGCACAUCUAUUCUUUACCUUGUCCUUCUGCUUGCUCUCAUCUUGGUUGUGACUCUCUCUCUCUCUCUCAUAUUACACCAACUGUUCAUAUUCAUAUUUCCUUUCAUGGGGACCUUGGAGGCAAGAUUAAACGAUCAGUUGACACCAGCAGUCCAGCCGCCACCAGCAGUGGCGAAACCAAGCGGCAAUACAAAUCAUUCGAUCGAAACCCUUGUUGUUGUCUUAGCUGUGAUCACUAUAGCAGCUGUUAUUGCAGGGAUUAUUGCACGGUUAUGCGGUGGGCGACACUUUGGCGGCAAUGGAGAGCAUGACAUAGAAGGUUGGGUAGAGAGCAGAUGUAGGAAUUGUAUUGACGGUGGAGUCCCCGCAGCGCCACCCCCGCCAGCAGAGGCAAAGCCAGCAGCGGCAGCAGCAGAUGCAAAGCCAGCAGCGGCAGCAGCAGAGGCAAAGCCAGCAGCGGCAGCAGAAGAGGCAAAGAAGUGAAUAUGGUCAUAGAAGUGCAGAACUAAAGCAUCAUAGCAGAAAAUAUCUUGGAAUAUUAUCACAUAUUAACAUUGUUUUAGCUUAGUAGAGAGUGAUUACGCUUUUGCUGCUUCAGUGUAGUGCCAUUCAUCAUCAUAUGCUAAGUGUCAUUUAACAGAACAAUUAAAAGGGAUGUUGAGUAAUGAUUUCAGCAGAAACUUAAUAGAGUGUAUGCUUGUUUAUCUUCAA